UGUGCCUUGCACGUGCCUCAAACCGAAGCGCAUCCAUUUGUGGCGCGAGAUUUCAAUCCGAAAGGAUCAAAGGCACGGUGCAAAUGUUUUGAAGUCUGUCAAGCCGCAUUCACCGAACCUCUUUGACACAUAUGACCACACCUGUCUCAUCUCUGCUAGGGACGGGAACUCUCAGUGAAGAUGAUGAAACAUAUACAACAGGUUUUACGAUCACUGAUGUUACUUGCCCGUUGGGGGAGAGAACGGCUAGAAAAGUCCUUAGUCGUAGAUGGAGGGGGACUACUGGUCCUGUUGUGGGCCGCGCCCGGCCAGCCACCCAGCGACCAGGUGGUCAACUGCACAGUUGCAGUUGCAGGACCCUGGUGCUCAGGAGUCACAGUGGAAGAAAUCCAACAAGAGUUCUGGCAGAGACUGGGCCCCUCUGCCUCCCCCUGCCCUGCCCCUGACCCAGAGGAACUGUGUGCCUUUACCAAAAUCUACGGCCCUCUCCACUUCCUUCUGUCCUUCCAGAUCAGUGAAGUGAAACUGGACAGGUGUAAGGUGUGGUCACACACAGAGGGCUUCUUGCACAAACUGAGCCUGACUAACGCAGGGGUGAAAAUUCACCUCAAAUUGAAAUUGGAAGGAGAAACAUACCAGAGAAUUUUUAGUGGGAAGGCAGAGAGACUCACCCUGAAGGACCAGACUGUGAUCAUGGACGUUGCUUCUUCUAUCACGCAGCCUCCCAUGUCAGUAGGAGCAGGCCUGUGGUGCCAGCGAGUCCACCCUGUAUUAGGAGGUGGGUUACCUCUACUUAUCCCACCUGAGGCCAUGGAGAGAGGCCUGUAUGGGGAGCUGCACCUCCUACCAGUCACUGUUCUCACCCCCUGUGUGUUGCAGUAUCCUAACCUGGCAACCAGAGUCACACGUAUACAGAUAUCCUUUAUCUAUCACACACACACACACACACACCUUCCCUCUCAUUCCUGUUGGUACGUGCUGCUGUACAGCCCCAGUAACCUUCCCCUGCUGGGGCCCUCAGCCUUCCUACAGCAGCUGCCUGCCUGUCUGGCCCUGGAGGGGCUGGGUCUCUCUGGGCUUACCUGUACCCCAACACACUCCACCACCUCAGAUUCACUCUGCAGUGACACUGUGUACAGUAUAGACAGAGCACAGUGUCAGGAAACUGAGCAAGAAGGGAUCCCCGCUGUGGAUCAGAACCUCUCUCUGUUCCUGUUCCUCCAGCACAGUGACCCCUUCCACUCCCAGCUCUCUGACUUCAUGGCCAGCGAGGAGCUGUUAGAGCUCCACCUGGAGGAUGUGUUGAGGUACAACAGGGAGGCGGUGACAGCAGCCCUGAACACACUGCUGCAGAGCAUGCUGAAAGACCAGCAGCUGAGAGACCAGAUCUGCCUGCCUGCCUGUCUGUUGGUCUGUCAGGCUCAGGAGAAGAUGUGCUCUGCCCUGGGGGUGAUGCUGAGAUCUAUAGGCUGUGUGGUGAGCAGCAGCACCAACAUAGAGUUCAGAGCUGCCUGUCUGGACCGCAUGAUGGUAGCUACAUAA